GCUGGAAGUUGGAACUCUGUGUCAAAGGAAAAACCCGUAUUCUCUUUUUCCACUCUCUCUUUAUUUCUCAAGAAUUGUCUCUGCUUUUUCUCUCUCUAAACUCACACACACUCACACUUCACUUGAUGGGAAUGAAAGCAAAGGCCCACCACCACCAUUACAAUGCUAGUGGUGGUGGUGGUGGUGGAGGCAACGGCAGUGAGAGCAGCAGCAGCACCUCACCUAGCCCACCUCCGUCGCCGCGCCGUCACUCUACAGUCCCUCACUGCCGCCGGAAGCUCCGGACAAAACCCAUCUCCAUCGUCUCCAGUUUUCUUCUCCUCCGCCGAUUCCUCCGCUUACUGGUGGUUCUUCCCCUGCUAUACGUCUCUGGCCUGCUCAUGUGUGUGGGCCCGUUCUCUGGUCUACUGGGUCAUACCCCUCUUCCCGGUUCCGUUUACCGAAGUCACGAGAUGUUUCAGCUGCUCUGGCCUCACAUUCAGGCCGAUAAUUCCACUCCGAUUGAGUUGUCCUCUGUAUGGAGAUUCAGAAGGAAGUUGAAAGAGCAGAAGCCUUGCCCACCUUCAGCUUCUGGACUACAAUUAGAUUCCCUAGGCCUUACUGGUUACUUGAUUGUGGAGGUUAAUGGUGGCCUUAACCAACAACGCUCUGCGAUUUGCAAUGCUGUGGCCCUUGCUGGUCUUUUGAAUGCAGUUUUGGUUAUUCCUCACUUUGAAUUCCAUAACGUUUGGAGGGAUCCGAGCACUUUUACUGAUAUAUACGAUGAAGAUCAUUUCAUAGCCACCCUUGAAGGCCAUGUUAAAGUGGUUAAAGAACUUCCGGAGAUGCUGAUGGAUAAAUAUGAUCACAACAUCUCUAACAUACCAACCCUUCGUGUCCAAGCUUGGGCUCCUGUCCGUUAUUACACAGGAGAAGUUUAUCCUGUUCUGCAGAAGCAGGGGGUUAUCCGCAUAGCUCCAUUUGCUAAUAGAUUAGCAAUGAAUGUCCCACCUCCUAUUCAGCAUUUGAGAUGCCUCGCUAAUUAUGAAGCAUUGAAAUUCUCUUCUGCCAUAUCAAAUUUGGCAAAUAAACUAGUCGAACGAAUGACUGAAAUGAGUUCAAGGACCGGUGGAAAGUACGUUGCAGUCCACCUCCGUUUUGAGGAGGACAUGGUGGCAUUCUCGUGCUGUUUGUAUGAUGGAGGAGAGGCUGAAAAUGUCGCAAUGAAUUCAAUUCGACAAAAAGGAUGGGGAGAGAAGUUCAAGAGAAAAGGCCGCGUAACUCUACCUGGUCUCAACAGGAUUGAUGGAAAAUGCCCACUUACCCCCUUGGAGGUUGGAAUGAUACUACGGGGUAUGGGAUUUGAUAACAGCACUUCAAUUUAUUUAGCCUCUGGGAAAAUAUACUGGGCGGAGAAACAUUUGGCUCCUCUGCUCAAGUUGUUUCCCUAUCUGCAUACCAAGGAGUCUCUUGCAACCCCAGAUGAGCUUGCUCCUUUUGAGGGUUAUUCUUCAAGAUUGGCAGCUUUGGAUUAUACAGUAUGCUUGUUUAGUGAGAUUUUUGUAACAACACAAGGUGGGAACUUCCCACAUUUUCUAAUGGGUCAUCGGAGAUUCCUCUAUGGUGGGCAUUCCAAGACUAUUAUACCUGAUAAGCGCAAGCUUGUUGUUCUACUGCAGAACAUGAGUAUGAGUUGGAAAGAUUUCAAACUUGAGAUGGAAGCAAUGCUCACAGAAAGUGACCGCAAGGGAAAGAUAAUACCGAGAGUGAAAAAGUUCACACGAAAAUCUUCUGUAUACACAUACCCUUUGCCAGAGUGUAGUUGUCUCCAAAAGCACAACAACACUCAGAUUGUACCAUCUACACAUUCUUGAUUCUUUGUGACAAAGCUAUGAGAAAUGGAAAAACAAACGUGGUGCUUCAAAAGCAUCUUCCACGAGUGCCAUCAUCAGUCAUAAGCUUACAUUGGGGGCUCUAGCCUCUUCCCUUCUGUGGACUUUGAAGAGAGGCUCGUUGCUCCGAAGCCUGUUGGGAAAAUGUAGAAAGUAUUUUCAGCAGCAGGUUUUCCAAUUUUGAUUUCCUCAUCCCAUGUGAUUCAUUCUUCCCCUUUUGUAUGGAGGUGUUGGAUCUCGUAGUUGGACAGAGCUGAAGUGCAAGCCUUCUCUGGCAAUGUUGGGGCAUUGCUCAACAUUUGUCGCACAUAGAUUGAUAUAAAGCAUAUAAGUUUUCGGGUGGAUAUAUCUAGCAUAUAAGGAACCUAGGGAUUGACAGUUUGUUUUGCAGUUUGGUUCUUUCUUGUUGUCCAAGGCAUUCCUGAGUACAUAAUGCUAAUACUUUGUACUUGCAAGUUUUUGGCCAUUGUAUUGUAUCGUUGUAACAAUUUUGAUAUAGCAAAAUUUUGAUAUGUGAAAAAACUUGAGCUCUGUUUGGAUGCA